AUGGCACCAACUACGGUGCAGCCUGUGAGCUACGGCCAGGUCAUCGAAUACAUCCAGGAUCGCCUCUACCUCGCAUCCUACACUCAAGCUCCCAACGAGAACACUCCAUUCCCAUAUCCCACCGCCCCAAAAAGAUCCCCGCACAAGAAGUCAUCUCGAGCUCAACACGGACCUACACCCGCCGAAGUGCGCCCAGCUCCCGUCUACUUCACCAUCGAUGAUACCCUCCUGUACAAUGCCUUUCACCACGACUUCGGCCCACUGCACAUCGGCCAUCUCUACAGGUUCGCGGUGCAAUUCCACGAGAUCCUUGGUGAUCCAGCAAACAAUGAUAGAUCGGUUGUUUUCUGGAGCAGAGCAGAUGCAAGAAGUCGUGCCAAUGCUGCCUGCCUGGUAGCGUGCUAUAUGGUGCUCAUCCAGGCUUGGCCACCUCAUUUGGCACUCGCCCCGAUCGCGCAAGCAGACCCACCCUACAUGCCCUUCAGAGAUGCCGGCUACAGUCAGGCCGACUUUGUUUUGAACAUUCAAGAUAUCGUCUAUGGUGUUUGGAAGGCCAAGGAGGAGAACUUGUGCCAAUUGAAGGAGUUCAAUCUCGAGGAAUAUGAACGCUUCGAGCGCGUUGAUAUGGGUGACUUCAAUUGGGUAUCACCUCAAUUUGUGGCCUUCGCCUCACCUCAAUCAGAGCCUACGGCUCCAAUACCAGUCAACUCACCUGCGUAUGCGACUCUCCCAUCCUGUAUACCGGAAAUCGCCUCCGCGCGCAUCAAUCAGCCUUUCAAGAACGUUCUUUCCCAUUUUGUUCAGCGCAACGUUGGCCUCGUCGUCCGUCUCAAUAGCGAGCUCUACUGCCCGUCAUACUUCACCGCCCUUGGCAUCCAGCAUAUUGACAUGAUCUUUGAAGACGGCACAUGUCCUCAGCUCCCCAUCGUGCGCAAAUUCAUCAAGCUCGCGCACGAACAAAUCUCUAAACGCAAAGCUAUCGCUGUGCAUUGCAAGGCUGGUCUUGGUCGCACCGGCUGCCUCAUUGGCGCGUAUCUCAUCUACCGCCACGGAUUCACUGCCAACGAGGUCAUCGCUUUCAUGCGCUUCAUGCGCCCUGGCAUGGUUGUUGGACCACAACAGCAUUGGCUACACAUGAACCAGAACACCUUCCGCGAGUGGCAGUUUGAGGAUACCAUCAAAGCCAAGUAUGAGAAGGAGAGCAAGUCUUCCACGCCUAUCAAGCAUUCCAAAACUCCCAUGCGUCAACUGUCCAACACCCAAGUGGCAACCCCGCAACGCAGCUCCGUCCAGCGAGCCGCUCUCGGGGAGAUCGAUGGCAAUGACGCUGCUGGCACCCAGCCCGUCCAAGACGAGAAUCUCCCUGCACCAACACCAGGCCAACCCCGAAAGUAUGCGCGGAUGGACCCUCGUGGCCACACCUAUCAGCGCAGCACCUCGGCUGGCUUCCGCUCCAGCAUGACCACUUCUACACAGCAAGAGAAGGCAGCGGACCCUGCAACUGCCAUGACCGAUUCUGACGAAGAGUUCAUUCUGCAGCGCCUUGCUGCAAGACGAUCAGCGAGCAAAUCUCCCAACGCCACAUCGGCCAAGGGUAAAGGGCGGUCGGUGUCGUACACCACUACCACCACCACAACCACGAAGACGAUCGAUAUGGGCGACAUGGGCAUUUUCGAAGAUGAUGGAGAUGCAGUGUUUGGCGAUACCGAGGUAGAGGACUCAAACGCUAUUUGGGCCGACCACCAAAACGAAAACGCUGCUUCACCCAAGAAGCCCAGCCUGGGUGCGAGUGACGGCGCAGGCAAGAGUCCCACACGCUCGCCUAGUCUAGGCAUGGGCACUCGGUCACGGACUCCACGACGAAGUGCUAGUGGCGUGCACAACAACGGCAGCGGCAUCGGUGUUGCGAAGACACGGUCGAUCCGAGAGCGCGAGUCUCCCAUGAGGAGGAGCACGGAUGAGAGCAAGAGCCGCGUGCGCAAGACCAGUGGGCGUGUGGGCAGCCAGGGCCAUGGACACGCGCACAAAAUCCUCGGCACGCGGUAG